CACCAACGGACAUACGUGGUCAUAGUUACCACCGAUUUCGAGCCCCUUUAGCAUGACUUAGGCAUGCGCAAAGUUCGCGAUGGUCAGCGUUAUUGAGUGGGCGCUGGGUAAAAAUAUACGUGUAGCAUGUCUGCGGUACAUAUCGGUCGAUUCUAAGGACAUUGUCCAGUCCGUGAACACGCUCGCACGAUUGCGGAUCUAUUAGUGGUCAUCGUGCAAGCGCUCGAGUCGUCUCGUUCUUCUCCAUCUAUCGUCCUCGAUCCAAACCACUGAUCUCGAUUCACCGCCUGUUUAAAAACAGAAGAAGCAAGACAGAUGAAACGCACGUACGCGGAGACCUGAAGAAAACCAACGGCAACCCGAUCGAUGUACCGUGUGGUUCGAAAAUGCGCGGUAUAAGUUACCGUAAAACUUCCUGAAAACGCCGGCAACAUGCCAGCUGGAAUUUCCGCGUUGGCGCCCACAGCCAACGGAGAUCCCUUUGAUCUCGAACGAAAGAAUUCUCCGGCAUUUACCAUUCUUCGGAAAGAUGGCUUGGACACCAAUCUGCCUCUUCUUCGUGUGAACGAUUGCGGUGAGAUGGAUCGAUCGGUAGUCGAUGAUUGUUUGGAAAACGUGAAAAACAACCUGUUUGAUCGGAAACGUAUCAGCAGAUCGAACGAUCAUUUGGUCCAAGCGAAUUUGCAAUCGAACCAAGCGAAUCCAUUGAGGAGAGAAGCACGAAGCAGAAGCCAGGAGAGCUCACGAUCGGUGGAUAAAAUACCAGCGAUAAAGCCUAGUAUGACCUUGUCUACGGAAGACUUCAACGAAGUUCUAAACGCGAAGCUGAAAAAACUUCAGGAACAGGAGCAAGAGAAGGAGGAGCAGCGUAAAAGCGCAAAGAAGAAUCAAAUUUUCCGUAGAAAACCAUUCAUCACGACCGUCAAGACAGGCGAAUUUCUAAUGCCACCGCCGGAAGUUGCGUCUCUUCUCGGCAUCGCAUCGAACUCUAACGACACCGAGGACUUCGAUAGUUGUCCGCUGCGUUCCAAGUUCAAAUCACUCGCGUCGUUAACCAAAAAGCCGGAAGUACGUCAUAGCAGCCAUAUUGCCAGGUGUCCGGUUGCUCUCAAGGCCACCGUCGACUUUACUCUCGGAAUGAUGAACGCGACGACCAUGGCUGCCUCGACCUUGGACGACCGAGCGAAGACAGCGAAGAGAAACGACGCGACCGAUCAACCGAUUCCUUUUGGCAAUAUUAUGUUUGACCGUCGCGUCGUCCGGGGAAGCACGUUCGCCACUCCUCCUAUCCUUAUCGAUGGAGAACAAUCGAUAGCGGCGAGGCAAGCGGAAGCCAGAAGGAGGAAUUUGGCGAGGAAACGAGCUCAAGCACAAGCUACUAAAGCUCUGGUCGCUAGAGCAGGUUCGCCACCGCCGGUUCCUGGUCGCAAGCACGAGCCGGUGCAAACGGAAGUUUACCUCGAAGAGCUAUUCGACAAACCAGACGAAACCGAUGUCGCGACACAGACGGACUACUUCUUGGAUAGACCGCCGACACCGAAAUAUUGCCCGGAUAAAGUUGGCCAAGAUGCUAGUACUCAAAUCGAGCCUGGUGACCUGUUCGACUUCGACUUCGAGGUGCAACCGAUUCUCGAGAUGCUUGUUGGUAAAACGAUAGAACAGGCAUUGAUAGAAGUUCUGGAAGAGGAGGAGAUUGCCGCUUUGAGGGAGCAACAGAGGAAGUUCUUGGAACUACGCGCUGCGGAAAGAGCCGAAGCGCGAAGACUGGAAGAACAAGAAAGGAGGCUGAGAGAAGAGAAGGAUCAACGAUUAAGGCAACACGAGGACGCGAUGAUAGCUCGAAAGGAAACGGAAGAACGAAUCGCAGCGGCUACUCUUUUAACAGGAUAUAUAGCCGAACUUCUACCAGCGGUUCUGGAAGGUUUGAAGAUGUCCGGGUUCCUGUUGGACGAAAUCAAGGCUGGUUCGUGAACACUCAAGAACACUGCUACUUUUUGUGAAUUAGUUCGUUCAGAAAGAUGUCGAAGAGGGUUUCAUGCCGUGGUUGAUGAAGGA